AUGGACAAAGUCCUUGUCGACCUUAUGGGAAAGAUAAUGGAGUAUGAGUAUAUUCGUAGCUGUACUUGUCACUCAUUAUUACUAUCUUCUUGUACCCGCAGCCAGAGUUCUCUCACCAAACUUGCUCCUCUUGAAGCAGUGCUCUUUGAACUAGAUGGAACUAUAUGUGAAUCCCUUCAGGUUCAUACCUUUGUCUUGAGGAACAUGCUUCAAGAGAUGGGUUUCAAUGCUGAUACGGUAACUAAAGAAUUCCUUUAUGACAUUGUUGUUGGCAAAACCAAAGAUGAAAUAGCCUUGUCUCUCUUUCCUGAUGAUCUGCCACGACGUUUAAAGUUUAUGGAAGAUGAGGAAGCCCAGUUCCGGAAAGAGGUUACACAUGUGUGGACUAAGGAAGGCUUUGGAAGAAUGAGAAGAUGGAUUGAAAGACGUAAGUUUAAGAGAGCUGCAGUUACCAAUGCUUCAAGAGCACAUGCAGAGUUCAUUAUCUCCAAACUUGGCCUCUCAGAUUUCUUUGAUGCUGUUAUUACUAAAGACGAAUGUGAACAUGGCAAGCCUCAUCCAGAACCCUACCUGAAAGCUCUUGAAGCUCUCAAGGCGUCAAAGGAUCACUCGUUAGUAUUUGAGGGUUCUUUUCCAGGGGUCAAAGCUGGAGUUGCAGCUGGGAUGCCUGUCAUUUCUUUGGAUUUUAAGGCACCAUUUGAUCUUUUGAUGGAAGCAAAACCUGCAUUUGUCAUUAAGAAUUAUAAGAAUCACAAAUUCUGGGAUGCUUUGUAUGAACUUGAAAAGGCUGGUAGGGCUCCUUCAGUUUGA